CUAAUCACGUAUGCCACUGCACUGCAUCCUAUAUAUGACCCAGAACCCGGCUCAGAAUCUUGUACCACUCGAGAGCCGGAGGCAGCUGCCACGCAGGAGCUAGUGGCGGGCUAGAGCCUAGAGAGCCAGAGGAGAGGAGAGGAGAGGAGAGAGCCGAAGCAAUGGCGAGAACAGGGGGCGCCGCCAUCUUGGUGGUGCUGGUGGCGGUGUCUGCCGUCCUCGGCGGCGCGCGGGCGCAGCUGCGGGACGGAUUCUACGAGCACAGCUGCCCGCGCGCGGAGCAGAUCGUGAAGCACUACGUGCAGCAGCACGUCCCCCACGCGCCCUCCGUCGCCGCCACCCUCCUCCGCACCCACUUCCACGACUGCUUCGUCCGGGGCUGCGACGCGUCGGUGCUGCUGAACGCGACGGGCGGGAGCGAGGCGGAGAAGGACGCGGCGCCCAACCUGACGCUGCGUGGGUUCGGCUUCAUCGACCGCGUAAAGGCGGUCGUCGAGGAGGAGUGCCCCGGCGUCGUCUCCUGCGCCGACAUCGUCGCGCUCGCCGCCCGCGACGCCGUCGGCGUCAUCGGUGGGCCGUUCUGGCGCGUGCCGACGGGGAGGAGGGACGGUACGGUGUCCAUCAAGCAGGAGGCGCUGGACCAGAUCCCGGCGCCCACCAUGAACUUCACCGAGCUCCUCCAAUCCUUCGGGAACAAGAGCCUCGACCUCGCCGACCUCGUCUGGCUCUCAGGGGCUCACACCAUCGGCAUCGCGCACUGCAACUCCUUCAGCGAGCGGCUGUACAACUUCACCGGGCGCGGCGGCCCCGGCGACGCGGACCCGUCGCUGGACCCGCUGUACGCGGCGAACCUGCGGCGGACCAAGUGCCCCACGCCGACGGACAACACCACCAUCGUGGAGAUGGACCCGGGGAGCUUCCUGACCUUCGACCUCGGCUACUACCGCGGCGUGCUCAAGCGCCGGGGGCUGUUCCAGUCCGACGCCGCCCUCAUCACCGACGCGGCGGCGAAGGCCGACAUCGAGAGCGUGGUGAACGCCCCGCCGGAGGUGUUCUUCCAGGUGUUCGCGCGGUCCAUGGUGAAGAUGGGCAUGAUCGACGUCAAGACCGGCUCCGAGGGGGAGAUCAGGAAGCACUGCGCCGUCGUCAACGAUCACUAAGCCCGUUUGGAACGCAGGGAUCUUCGUUACUAGCGGUCCGAAUCCUUGGAAAUCCCUUGGGCUUGCAUGGAUUCUGCAAGCAGGACGGCGUGCAUGUGUUUGCACAUUGCUACAUCUGCAUGCGUCUUUGGUGGCAGUAUACACGGAUCGUGUUGUUUGUAUGUUCAGUUACAAUUGUCUUGUGUGUGUAUUCUUUGGUUUCCUUCCUCUUUCUUGUUCAUUCAUGAGGUCAUUUUUGGGUUUUGUUUGAAUCGAAGUAACUAUGUAAUGUAAUGUACGCAUCUUGUUUGUGUCUGUGAGUCCGACCAUGUCUUGUGAUUCCGACCAGGAAAUGGAACUCCGUACCCUUUUGCGCACGCGCAGCCAA